AUGUCAUUCUUAUCAUUUCUUUUCAAAAAGAAACAAAUGAAUAUUUUAAUUUGUGGACUUGAUGGGUCUGGAAAGACAUCAAUGUUACUUAAGAUGCAAGGUCAAGACCCAAAAACUAUUCAAACUAAACCAACUAUUGGUUAUUUAAAUCCAACUUUAAAAUACAAAACCUUUGAAUGGCUUUUUUGGGACGUUUCAGGAGCUGCUAAAUUCAGAGGUCUUUGGAAAUCAUAUUAUCCAAAUGUUAAAUGUAUUGCUUUUGUUUUUGAUAAUACUGAUGAAGAUCGUUUUGAUGAAUCUAAAAACGCUUUAUUAAAUAUGCUUGCUGACUCUGAAUUAAAAGGUAUGCCAUUUUUAAUAUACGUUAAUAAAACUGAUAAAAAACAGUUUGACCAAACUACUUUCAACGAAAAACUUAAUCUUACUGAAACUCAAAAGUUACGUUGCCAAAUUUUCCCAUGUUCUGCUUAUACAGGUGAUGGUCUUUUUGAAGGUUUAGAUUGGAUGUGUUACACUCUUAAGAAAAUGACUAAAAACUAA